UUAAGGUCAAUCCGUAGAACGUCGGAUGGUGAUGUGUUUGUUGUGUGUGUUGUGCGCCGACAGAUUUUCUUGUUCCGCGACCUCUGUCUUUAUUAUGAAUGCACGUGAAAAGACUCAGUGGUGAAACGUUGGGAUUAAGAAGGGGCACCCGUACGAGUCGUUCGGCUUCGUUGAGACGGUUUCAGCUUGCUGUGACCACAGCCUGGACAAGAAAUGAAUAUGAGCGUGACAGACAUUUGCCAGAACACGCGCAUGGGCCGUGAAUCUGCGCUUCUUGGGAACUAUGAGUCGGCCAUUGUCUACUACCAAGGGGUGAUACAGCAGAUCCACCGCCACAUCCAGAUGAUUGCCGGGGAUCCAAUGCGCAAGGAGCGCUGGCAGCAGAUUCAGCAGGAGCUUGCGCAGGAGUAUGAGUAUGUGAAGGACAUUCAGAAUGUGCUGAGCGGCUUCCGCUCGGACAGCCAUCUGGAGCGGAUCCCCACGAGUCGGAUCAGCUACGACGAAGGAGCCCUGGACCCCGAGGCCUGGCUGACCCCUCGCGACCCCGAAGUCUGGCCGGCACCCACGCCCGUCGAGCACAAGCCGGGCCCCUCGAUUCGGCCGGUGGGUCGAAACAGACGCUCGGAAACGUCUCGCACCACGAGCCACCGGGGCAACGGGAGCGGCAGCGGAAGCAAGAGCGGCGGGGGUGGCAGCAACCCCGUCAAGCGGGGAGCGGACUCCAAGACGGCUCGAAAGGAGGACAAGGACAAGCCACGCAAAGACAAGGAUUCCAAGAAGGAAGACGGCGCCAGCAAGGACAAGGAGCCCGAGGAGAAGCGGUUUGACGGCACGGGCUACGACCAUGACCUGGUGGACACGCUGGAGAGGGACAUCCUGCAGAGGAAUCCCAGCGUGCGCUGGAACGACAUUGCCGACCUGCAGGAGGCCAAGAAGCUGCUCGAAGAAGCUGUGGUGCUGCCCAUCUGGAUGCCGGACUUCUUCAAGGGCAUCCGCAGGCCCUGGAAGGGGGUGCUGAUGGUGGGGCCCCCCGGCACGGGAAAGACCAUGCUUGCCAAAGCAGUGGCCACGGAGUGCGGUACUACUUUCUUCAACGUGUCGUCCUCCACCCUUACGUCAAAGUACCGAGGGGAGAGCGAGAAGCUGGUGCGCCUCCUCUUCGAGAUGGCCCGGUUUCAUGCGCCAAGCACCAUAUUCAUAGACGAGAUUGACUCCCUCUGCUCUCGAAGGGGCUCUGACUCGGAACACGAGGCCAGCCGCCGCGUCAAGUCCGAGCUGCUCAUUCAAAUGGACGGGAUCACCAACAUCGACGACCCCACCAAGGUGGUGAUGGUGUUGGCGGCCACCAACUUUCCCUGGGACAUCGACGAAGCGCUGCGGAGGAGACUGGAGAAGAGAAUCUACAUUCCUUUGCCCAACAGUGCUGGUCGAGAGGCCCUGCUCAAGAUCAAUCUGAAAGAGGUGGACGUCUCCCCCGAACUGGAUGUGAUCGCGAUUGCCGCGAAACUGGACGGCUACUCUGGGGCCGACAUCACCAACGUUUGCAGAGACGCCUCCAUGAUGGCCAUGCGAAGGCGGAUCAACGGCCUCACACCGGAAGAGAUCCGGAACUUGUCCAAGGAAGAGCUGGAACUUCCCGUGAGCGCCGACGACUUUCAGGAGGCAAUUCGGAAGAUCAACAAAUCCGUCAGCAAGGAAGACUUGGAGAAAUACGAGAAGUGGAUGGCCGAAUUCGGGUCUACCUAGGGAGCAUUUUGCAUAUCGAAAUUUGUGUAAGAAUUGAUUUCGUGCAACUUCAAAAGGGUGAAUGCUUGGAAAUAACUUUUCCACAGAGAGAAAUAUUUCAGACUUCGAGUGCAGGCAUGUCACUUCCUUUAUAUAUGCAAGGUUUCUGAAAGUUUCUUAUUUUUGUAGCUAGAAGUUGGAUUGUUGUUCAAAUUGAAGGGGGACCCUUACGAGCCUUUGGUUAUUUUUUCUACCCCUUUAGCUUUUAUGUGCAACUUUUUUAUAUUUUCUGACAGGGUUGGGUUGUCCUAUUGCUGUCGUAUGUUGCUGAGACUUGUGAUAGGGGUGGCAUUUCAAGGACCUUUUGAGGAAGCAAGAGAAUGUAGUUGUGAGGAUGUAUACAGGCGACGAUAGUUCUAAUAUUAGUACUUUUAAUACAAUAGCGUAUGUAAGGUAGCUAACAAAUUUGCUAUUUUUCACAUUUUUUGUUGGUGAAUUUAGACAAUAGCUUUUAUUGUUUUAUAACUUUUUAAGGUGACUGCUCUAAUUGUGAAACAUUCUAACAAUUGUUUUUUUUACUUUUAAUUUGAAACUGAUUUUGUUCGUUGAACAGACAAUUCAGGUAGCAAUAACUCUAGAGAAGUUGGCUUAAAAGUUGAUGUGUGGAUACCUACAAGUUAUUUUGGGAUAGAGGGAGCGUGCCAUAGUAGCUUUGUAAUAAAAUUUUUAAUUUAUAAUAUAGGGUGUCCCAAGUCACCAGGCUCAAUCUAAAAUGAACCGUAAAAACGACGCC